AUGUUCUGUAACUAUCACAUCGAUAAAAUUCUUCGAGAAACGAGAUCUUCCCGAGUUACCGGUGGACAGAAGACUACUUUAAUAGAAUUUAUGGCCGAAAACAAGCCCUUUGCAAGAGGCCAAUUCUCAAGCCAUAAUUCUAGGCAAAAUAACAGCGAGACGUUGGAGAGUUUAAGCGCACAGCUAAAUACUCAAGGACCUAACAUAAAAACUGUUGAGCAAUGGAAAAAGUGCUGGACAGACAUCAAAUCGUCCGUUAAAAAACAAGCCAGCGAGCAAAGGGCAUUUAUGAAUAAAAUUGGUGGUGGGAGCGUAGUGGACCGACCUCGACCACUCAGUGAUAUGGAUGAAAAAGUUUUGUCGAUCAUAACAAUUGAUGCCGUUGAUGGGGAUGGUUCAACCCCUGAAUUGGGAAUAGAAGUAGCACUCAAUGAAUACGAUAAUCUAGAAAUUGAACUAGAUGAAGACGAGGGCCCUUAA